GCUCGGUCCCGCCGGCAAACGCUGGUGUGACGCUAGUGAUAUUGACUUGCUGAUUUCGUCGCUGCAGUUACUACGACUUCUACUGUUGAUGCUGGUGAUUCUGCAGCUGUUACGCCGUCCGUGUUGUUUGCAGAUUGCUGCCUCCUAUGAGUACCGCUACCUCGUAGGUAGCUUCGUUAGUGAGCGCUCGUGCAUGGUAUGCCAAGUUCGCUACUGCAACAAACGCUGCUCGCAGGAGCGACUUGGCGCGCCACUUUGCCCAGUGAAUGCGUCUGUUAUCCUACCUCUGUGGCUCUCUGCGUCUCUCCCGUUAGUCGGUGGUAAUAUCGUUUGACUCCGGACUGCCGGUUAUUGAUAGAGUUAAAAGUGUGGCGCAGUGACAUUUUUUAAUUAUUGUUGUUGUUGUUGUUGUUGUUGUUGUCAUCAUCAUCAUCGUCGUCGUCGUCGUCGUUGUUGUUGUUGUUGUUGUUGUUAUGGAUCUUUUGUCACGUCCUGUUUGGUUAACCAGCCGCCGACCCAGUUGAGAGAACUUCACGAAGAACGAGGUGCGCGCGUGAGUAGUUUGGUUCGUAUUACUGUGAGUGCGUGUUGUGAUAGUACAGGCCUACGUCGAGUGAAUUUAUGAAAAGCCAGUGCAGGAGAAGCAGCGGCACUGAUACAGCAUCAGAUUGGCCUGUCACUAUUCAAUUAACUCCUGCUGCUGCUGCUGCUGCUGCUACCGUUUUGCCAUUUGUUACCUCCAGUGUUUUUAUCUCAAAGACGGCGCCCUGCUUACCGAAAUCUGCGGGUGAAGACUUUUCCCGUAUUCGGUGUCAUCUCAUAUGCACGGAACGACGAGACAACUACCAGAGAAAGUACAAGACGUCAAGCUGAAAUUAGCGUAUGCAUUUGAAAACCGUCGUAGUAUUUUGUUAACAGUAGCAGCUUAGUCCCUUCAGUCAACGUUGUGACGAAAUAUCCUGAAUUAUACCGUUCUAAACACUAUAUUCUACCACCAUCUGCAAACAUGAUUUACGGUCAUCGGGGACGAAAGUGUGUAAUUUAGAAUGGACAUUUUGCUUGCAAAAAAAUGUUACAAAAAAGCGUCUGCCGUACCAGUUCGGGGCGUGCUACACCUUACAACCGGGAUGUAGUCUCGUAUUAAGAUCAUUUUUUUCGAUCAAUCGACCUCGAAAACAGUGAAGGGUCAUAUAUUUACUAAUUGUGCCGUUGGUGGUUAGUUACUUUGACGAAGCGAAGUGCACACAAAGUUGUACAACUAGUAGGGUUGAACACGUUUGAUACUGGUCAUCAGGCCAAUAAUGUGCAAUACAAUGAUGGUCUCUCAGCUUCGAUUGCAAACUGGAUAGUAUAAUCAUUAUGUGAACAUUGUUAUUAUUAAACUGCUUAUAUGAAGUUGAACCCUUGUGACCUUUUUGACUGAAGUGCGAGGAGACCUCAAGUUCAUCAGGACUAACUGGCAUACGAAAAAGAUCCCGACUGUAAAAAGGUCUACGACCAUUGCGCUGUUUUUCUCUUACUGAACCCUUAACCGGUGAACACCAUGUAUCAUCGGUGAACUUAUUUAGUCGCCAUGUAGAAGAAAAGCUUUGCAGGGAGCAUCUUACCAUCUCGGGGCGCCAGACACUGCAUCAAGGGCAACGACUAUGAAGGCUUCUGUAAAGAUUCCUCAAAGCUGAUAGCCAACAUUAAAUGUCAGAAGGUCUUCACGGUCGUAUUACUGUCAUUAUGGAACCUCACUCGGCCCUAGACUCUCCCCCUAAUCUGCACCAUUCGCUUGCGCCCGCUCUUGGUGCGCCCGUCGUAGGCUCCAACGGCGCUGGCUCACCAUUGUCUCCGAGUUCAUUAGGUCCGCAUGGGCCUGCCUCAGUGGGUGUUUCUCAUCUCCCCGGGCACCUGCCUGGCUGUACGGCCUUAACCCAUCCAGCAACGGGCCAGCCAAUCUGUACCUGUUUUCUUAGAAGGUUAAGUUCAGCGGCUGGCCUAAAUAUGGGAGGUCUUCCUGGUUGUCCUUCGUCGCCGCCCUCUGCGCCCUCUUCAGCUUCCUCUCGCAAUUCCCCUGGCUCCCAUCCGGCGCCGAGUCUGUUGUCUCAUAAUCUAGCUGGCCACCAGCAGCAAGCAUCAGGUCAACAAGGCUCCCACUCAAAAACUCAUGGUGCCCAAAUGCUGCUAGAUCCUCAUCAUUUUGUAUUGUUACAACAACAGGUGAGUUCCACCGCCCUCACCCGAAGUGCAAGUGGGACUAGGCCAAAGACAGACAUGGCGGACGGUUUGGAGGCGUGGAGAAAUCUCUCCCAAAGUAGCGGCUCUGCUGCUGCUGCUAGCUAUGCUCAUCUGGGAGCCCGGACAGCGGCACAAAGCUUUCCACCAGGAUUUGACCCUACAACAGCGGGAGCCCUAGCAGGAUAUUCCUUUCCAGGAUUGGGCGCUUUGGGCGGCAUGGAUCUGAAUGGCGCCCGACGGAAGAAUGCAACCCGCGAAACGACCAGUACGCUAAAAGCAUGGCUAAACGAGCACCGCAAGAAUCCAUACCCCACCAAAGGAGAGAAGAUCAUGCUUGCUAUUAUUACCAGGAUGACCCUGACUCAGGUGUCCACGUGGUUUGCGAACGCGCGACGUCGACUUAAAAAAGAAAAUAAAAUGACUUGGUCUCCAAGAAAUCGCGGAGAAGAAGAUGAUGAUGACGAUGACGAUAUUAUGGAAAGCAAUUCCUCAAUGAAGGAUGACAAUCCUCAUCAGCACCAGCAGUACCAUCACCUCGGUAACCGGAGCAGCGAGGGAGAAAACGAUGAUGCCCAUGAUCCCUCUACUGCCCGAAGACAUCGAACGGACGCUGCCGCCAACAAUCAGAACAGAGCUCGUUUGAUGGCCGCCGAAGAAAUGGCUAAAAGGAGUGAGCAGCUUGCGCAACUGAUGGCAUCGUCUGGUCUCCCACCACCGCCACAUCCCGCCUCGUUACUCUCGAUGGGUGCUAUAGCCGCCAGUAUGGGGGCAAAUAUGAGCGCGACUGGUGGGCCGAUGAAUGCUCACAUGGCACACGUCCAUUCAUUGCUGCAGCUUCGAGCAACUCAGCAGCAUCGCGAGGAACAGCUCCAGCGUCAGCAACAACAAAAUAACCGAGACGAAAAGAGUGAUGAAGAAGUCGAUGUCGAGGACAGAGAUGAAACUGAGGGGCGUGAGCAAGCACCGAAUGCAGGAAAGGUGCUAUCGUCAAGUCCAAGCCCGGUGCAGAGUCUCGGAGUAAGACCUAAAAUCUGGAGUCUAGUCGAUACUGCAACAGAAGCCGCUGAAGGUUCACCCUGUGCAUCGCCUUCGUCGAGUCCACGACAUCCACCAUUGACGCCUGAUCAGCUGCUGGCAGCUUCGCGGUUAUACGGCCAGCAUGCCCAGACUGUACAUGAACAAUGGUGCCAGGCAUUUGCGCAAACUGCACUUCAGCAACAGGACCAGCCGCAGCAGCAGGAGCAACAGAAUCCCCAACAGCCAUUACAGAAAACGCGACAACGGACGCCAUCGCCCGAAGCAGCCAGUGUCAUCGCUACCAUCGCCAUUUGUAACAAGCUGAUCAGAUAGCAUCAUCUUCAGUCAUCUCGUGCGAGGAACGCUAUACUUGUGAAAUAUUAAAAACAAGAAAGCUUCCGUUGCUGAAUAUUGAUAUCUAGCUAACUUGUUUCAGUACCGAUGCUAACGAGUUAAUAAUAAUAAUAACAUUAAUAGCGACGUUGUCUAUGCACGUCCUUGCUGUUGCUACGAUAUCAGCAAUGAUGUUUAUACUACACACACCACAAAUCCAAAGAGCGGAUCUCGGAGACAUCCCGUAGAAACAACGAAAACAAUAAUAAAAGUAAUAACAACACUCGAUUAUUGACAUCUUAGUACUAAUCGUAGUAGAAAGUAGGUAAAUGAUUAGUAAACAAGAGGCACGUAAACAAAUCAACGAACGUGGAAGUUUUGUAUUCUCGUCUAGAUGACGGACGUUUAUUUAUUUGUCACAGAACAAAAACAACAGCGUUUACGCACGUCCCGUCAAUGGCUAUUUCAAUUAACGAGGUUCACGUGUAUCAGCGUGAUUGUGCAUUAGAUAGAGAACAAAAUAAAUCGACGGUAGGUCUUUGUGGUCGUGAGGCUAAGCAACCCGCAACGGGUUUCGCGGUUCAAUCAGAACCUACGUGUAAAUACAAAUAUACAUUAUCAAUAAACCUAUGAGGAACAAGCGCAAAAACAAUUCUAAAUAUUAUACAAGUAUACAUAUAUAGUUAUAUAGGAGUGUGUAAAAUGCUUUGCUGUUCACAGUGAGAACUGGGUUCGAGUAAGGAACGCCUGAAAGAAAUUAGAGGGUGCAUGUUCUGUUUCUUAGGGAUACAAAGGAAGGAACCUGUUCACGACUCUUGUGUCAGAUUAAUAAAUAUAUUUAAAUAAAGAAUAUUUAAGUACGUGACUCAUUAUUUCGGCAUUUUAGAUCGCGAGCACUUGGCCAGGAACCUACUAGCCAAUAAUAGCAUCAAUUAUGACACUUGAAUAAUAGAAUAGUUGUACAAACAGUUGUAUCCCGAAUAGACGGCAGGAUCUAAAUAUGUACAUAAGCUCUAUUUCAACUGACCCGGUCGCCCACACUGAAUGUUUCGGAUUUUUCUAGCAGUCGACUUAGGCAACAGGUAAUUAGUGGUAUAUAUCGUAGAAGUAUUCGACCACGAUCAAUGUAUCGCUUGUGUCUUCACUGAAACGGCUUUCUCUCUCUCUAUAUGUACGCGGCGGGAAGACGAGAACUCUUCAU